AUGAAUGAUCUAGGACUUUCUCUUCCUUCUACAGUUAAUUAUGAUAUAUUAAAUAAAAAAAAAGACUAUGAAUCCUCUGUUAUAUGUGACACGUUAGAAGGAGAAUUAAGUGAUUAUAAGGAUGUUUUUGAAUUUUGUGAGAAUUAUACUGGAAUCAUCAAAUACUUCAAGAAAUUAUCAUUUUCUGGUGAAUUCGCAAAUUAUCCUUGCAUAGUUGUGAAGUUCUGGUUAUAUGAUCGUUUAUUUAACUUACGUAAUAAACGACAAGAAGUUACUAACAUUGAAAAUAUUAUUUCUAAAAUAAAAGCAAUUAUUAAAGUAGAUGAUAAAAUUGAAGGAUGUAAUUUAUUUGAUUUACCAUAUUCGAAGGAAGAUUUUGAUAUAAUGAAAAGUUUGUAUGAUUAUGCUACAAAUUAUAGUACAAUUACAGCAUAUCUAAGAGAUAACAGUUAUAUAUGUAAUCAAUAUUUGAAAGAUUAUAUUAAUACAAAUGAUGAAAUAUAUAUUAAUAAAAAUAAUAAUUGUAACUAUGGCAAUAAAGGAAAUAUUGGAUAUUGCAAAGUAUUUGAAUAUCUUAAAGAUCCAUAUAUAAAAUUAGAUCUAUCAACUUUAUCAUGUAGAGUAAAAGGCUCAGAAGCUUCCGUUCCUAUGGAACGACAUCAUGAGCUACCUAGAGAAGAAGGACCACCUGAAAACUUAAAACAAAAACACUCUCUUCCAUUUUCUAAUAUUAUCAUGGCAGUUAUUUUCCCACUUUUAGGAAUUUUUUUCUUUUUAUUCAUUUUGUGUAAAUUUACUCCAUUUAAAUCAUGGUUAAAAUCUCAUUUAUUGAAAAAAAAAAUAAUUCAGUUUUACGAAGACGAAGAGUAUAUACAAGAACAUUUGAAUAAAAAUUAUCGCACAGAUAGACGUCAUAUAUGUUAUCAUCCAUUAUGA